GGGACCCGCAUGAGGUGUUCAGCGUGCCGUAUCGUCGCGCACCAAGGCUGCAUCGAGAUCCUGCUGGACCGCCACCCAUUCGCGUGCAAGCCAACGUUUCGGGACGUGGGAGUGCGCCAGUACCGCGAGCAGACCGUCACCCACCACCACUGGGUGCACCGACGCAACGAAAAGGGCAAGUGCAAGGCUUGCGGCAAGUCAUUGCGGCGCCGUUGCUGCUGGGGGUGCACGCAAUCGCAGAACUCUGUAGACACGGCUAAUGAGAUAAAUCAUGACUCGGAGAUUGCACUGCAACCGAAGCUGUCGUUCAGCUCGAAAGAGAUCGUGGCCCUGAGCUGCUCGUGGUGCAAGGACGCCUACCACAACAAAGAAAAUUGCUUCAAUCUGCAAAGAAUAGGAGAACAGUGUUCGCUCGGUUUACAAUGCAAUGUCACCGUCCCACCGUCGUGGAUUGUCAAACUUCCAAGAAGAGGCAGCUUUAAAUCAUCACUAAGAAAAUCGCCAAAGAAGAAAAGCGCCUCUAAGAAGAAUGGAAAGAGUUCCAAAAACGAGCAAAAAACGUUUGUAAUCAAACCGAUACCUGCUGAAAACAUGAAACCGGUGUUGGUGUUUAUCAACCCGAAGAGUGGCGGCAACCAGGGCGCCAAGCUGCUCCAGAAGUUCCAGUGGCUGCUGAACCCCCGGCAAGUGUUUGACCUCACGCAGGGAGGGCCGGGCCCGGGGUUGGAGAUGUACCGCAAGGUGCCGAACCUGCGCGUGCUGGCGUGCGGCGGCGACGGCACCGUGGGCUGGGUGCUGAGUGUGCUCGACCGCAUCGGCACACGGCCCGCCGUUGGCGUACUGCCGCUGGGCACCGGCAACGACCUCGCCAGGGCGCUCGGCUGGGGCGGGGGUUACGUAGACGAGCCAAUCUCUAAAAUCCUGAAAAACAUCGGCGAGAGCGACACGGUGCUGCUGGACCGCUGGGAGUUGAAGGUGGAACCGAACCCCGAAGCUGCAGCCAGUUGCUCCAGCGAGGACAUGAGCCAAGCCAAGUUCGAUCUGCCCCUUAACGUCGUUAACAACUACUUUUCUUUCGGGGUCGACGCCCAUAUCGCCCUCGAGUUUCAUGAAGCGAGAGAGGCGCAUCCGGAGAAGUUCAACUCGCGGAUAAGGAACAAACUGUUCUACGGCACGGCGGGUGGCAAGGACCUCAUGCUGCGCAAGUGGAAGGGGCUGGCGGACUGCAUCCAGAUGGAGUGCGACGGCAGGGACGUCACGCCGCAGAUUCGCGAGCUCAAAGUGCACGCCAUUGUUUUUCUCAACAUUCCAAGCUACGGGGGCGGCACGCACCCAUGGACCAAGUCUAGGGGACCCCACGAGCCCUCCACCGAGGACGGGUACAUUGAGGUGGUGGGACUGACCACAUAUCAAUUGCCUCUGCUGCAAGCGGGCGCGCACGGCACCUGCAUCACGCAGUGCAGGACGGCGAGGAUCGUGACGACAAGAGUGAUCCCGAUGCAGGUGGACGGCGAGGCGGCGCGCCUCGCGCCCUCCGUCAUCACGGUGUCUCGGCUCAACCAGGCCAUCAUGCUCGCAAAGAAGAAAGCCGGACGCGUCAAUGCACUCCAACUGAAGUUAGACAAACUUUCUCUCACCGUGAAUCUCAUUACGAUGGCUGAUUACGAGCGUUAUUAUUAUGAAAAGGAAGUACUCGCACAGACAGCGGAAACUCUGGGCGUUUUAGAAGUAAACCCUGCCGCGGAUUUGGAGCUAAUGCGCGGACUCGUUCAGAGCAUGAUCAAAGAAUCCGAAGCGCACUCGACCCUUGAGGAUUGGUGGUUUGUUGACUCGGUAACAGCGGAGCGGUUCUUCCGAAUCGAUAAAGCCCAAGAGCACCUGCAUUACGCGACGGACAUCGGGAACGAGAACAUCUUCAUCCUGGACCCGGGCCCGGCGACGCCCGACGAGGAGUCGACGCCGCACCCCGACACCACCGCGUCGCUGGACCGCUCCGGGCCCUCCAUGUCGCUGGAGACCACCACCGGCCUCUCCGUCUCUCUCGACAUCUCGCAGAGCGUCGACACGCCGAGCGCGGGCGUCUCCUUAGACGGUCCUGAAUCUCAUGCUAGCGAAUCUGGUCUGGGCAGUGCGGGCCGCACGGAAGACAUGCUGACUCCGCAAACGCCCCCGCCGUCGUAUACUGCGCCUUCAACCCCUAAAAGCAAAGCCCCGCAACCUCCUAAACCGCGUGCCCCUACACCGAAGGUUCAACCACCUCCUACGUCUAAACACUCAGCAUUAAAAGCGUCAGCCUCGGCACAGGAAUCUACCUCGCCACCACUGUGCACCAGCCCCCUAUCCAAGGACAACCCACCGUCCCAAGACGCUAUAGCCCGAUUCAAAACAAACUUAUUGGAGAAAACUUCAGAGGCUCUCCUGAAGGCCGCCAAACUUGGAGAUUUGAAAAUGUUGAAGGAGCUGCACGCGGCGGGCUACUCGCUGCUGUCGAUCGACGCCAGCGGGCAGACCGCGCUGCACGUCGCCGCCCGCUACGGCAACAAGGAGAUCGUCAAAUACCUGAUCGCGAGCGCGCCCACCGCCAUUCUCAACAUACCCGAUAACGAGCGCGGGCAGACGGCGCUCCACAAGGCGGCGGCGAACAAGCGGCGCGCCGUGUGCUGCAUGCUGGUGGCGGGCGGCGCCAGCCUGACGCACGCCGACCACGCCGGCCGCACGCCGCGCCAGCUGGCGCUGCACGCCGAGGACCGAGACCUCGCCGCCUACUUGGAGAGUCAGGAGCACUUUCAACUAGUGUCGGAAGACCUGGAAACACCAGUUUGAAAGAACAAAGUUCGCAACGCGCUCGCCAGCGGUGCGGCGCGAUGCUUUUUUUAAGAAACUCUUAUACUAUCAUACUCCUAAUACCAAAGUGAUAUUUAGAUCUUUUUUUGGAAAUUAAGUCAAUUAAAUGUUUCACAUAAUCUUGUCCUAAAACGAGUAGUUAAGUAUUUUAAUAAAGUGUGAUUAAAGCUAUCACUCAAGUUGAUUUGAACAUGCGAAUGAUUAUGUUAAAAUGUUAGAUUAAGUAUCUGGUUUUAUGUAUAAUUGUGCGUUUCAUGAGAACUCAUUAUUAACCAUUUUGUCUAACGACCUACCAUUUCAUUAAGUGUUACACUUGAGACACUUUACGGUAUAUUUUAACAACAAGAAUUGCCAAGUAACUUAAACUUAGGUGCCUAAUUGAUCAAAUAAGAUUAGUCUGAAAGCCAUUACACAACGGUGGCAGAAUUACUUACCUACCAAUUAAUCUUUCCGACGACGCCGUCUGAACCUGAACUUAAAGCGGUGAGCUGAUGAAUUAGCCUCAUGCAUGAAGUUUAUAUUUGAACGAAAUUUGUUUUAUUCGGAAAAACUACCCGCGAAAAGCUAGUGAGCGAAACGCUCGAAACGCCACGUGACGUCACGCGUUCGACAGAUUAGUGUCAUUAGUAGCAAACGUCAGUUGGGCCGCCCAACGUGUGACGUCAUCACGCUUUGUCGAAUUCGCGCCAAAAAUUAUGAGCGUUUCAACCGCUCAAAAAUUUUCAACAUUUUAAAUACUUUUUAAUAAAAUAAUGUUAAGGUUUACAAAAGUAUUUAUAUCAUUUCCGGUGUUCCAACGAUAUUAAUUAUGAAUCCAAAAAUAAAAAUAAAUUCAUGCAUGGAGCCAAUUGUAUAGGUACCUACUCCGUUAUGCCACUAAUGUAUACGAUCUAAUACAAUACACUUGUAUAUAAGUUGUAAUCAUUUCCGGUGUUCCAACGAUAUUAAUUAUGAAUCCAAAAAUAAAAAUAAAUUCAUGCAUGGAGCCAAUUGUAUAGGUACCUACUCCGUUAUGCCACUAAUGUAUACGAUCUAAUACAAUACACUUGUAUAUAAGUUGUAAUGUUUGUUAAUUUUAGCGUACUUAAUAAGUCUAAAUUUCUUCUAGUAAGCGUAUAAAUAGGCAAAUUUUAAUUUUAAUUCGACAUCACAGUCUGAGUUCUUAAAAUUUACUCAUAAAAGUAAAACCAUUGUCCGAUAUAUCUGAGCUGGCAAGAGUCGGGUAGUACCUAAUACGAGCACGAGUUUACGAGCAUUGCAUAUUGCAGUGGUGUUAUUGGAAACACCCACUGGUAUCGUUUCCUAUGACAUGAAAAGUUUCUAUGAGAAACUUUGUUGUUUUAACUUUUAGUCUGGCGAUGACGCGUUUUGUCCACUAACUUUGUAGGAAAAUUGAGUUUACAUAAUAAUUAAUCUAUCUUCAAUAAACGAGUGUUUAAUCAUCCAAAUACUGUAUUGAUGUUCAAUGUUAUACCUACUUAAAAAUAAAAUAACUGUCUCGAUACUUAAAUCUAUCCGAGCUUAUCUAAUUAUAUCUGUUAGUGACUCUUAAGAAAUAUAUGAAUUUUGUGUGUUUACGAAGUAUGAACGAAUUGGAACCGUGAAACAUAUUACGUAAAAAUAUGUCUUCAAAUAUUCACAAGCAUAAACUACGACCUAACAUAAUUAUGUUUAACAAUUUUUGUAAAUGUUUAGUAAAUGGCACUCGUAAUGUGCCUAUAUUUAGUUAGAGUAACAACUUAUGAAGUACAUUUAGACAAACAUGUUAACAUAGCGUGACAUUUUACUUUAUUAAACAACCUAUUAUCGUAAUAUUGUCUUCGGUUACCGCGAUAGUUACUCAUAAAAUAAAACUAUGAAAACGGAUUCCUCAGUCACCCGUUGACCACGAACGCUGUAAAGAGUUCGAAACGUCGGGAUGUAUUAUAAAUUCAAUAUACGCGAUAUAAUCCGUUUUCAUAGUUUUAUUUCAUGAACCUAUUAUCGUAUUAGAUUAUUUUUAAACUCACGUAUUAUUAAGUCGAAUAGCUCGACAUGUUUCGGUCCAAUUUACGAGGACCGUCUUCACGGAGACACGACACGUCUUCACUGGUCGAGGGCGCGGCGUGUACACGAAAUGUAAAUUGGACCGAAACAUGUCGAGCUAUUCGACUUAAUAAUACGUGAGUGACCCGGUUUAAAAAUAAUCUAAUAUGUUUGAGUCUCACGGGAGUUUUAUAGUUAAAACCUAUUAUCGUAUUAGCCGCGUUCAGAAACCUAUUUAAUAAUACGUAGUGAACGGCCGGUUGUAGACGUCCGGUGCUUUCGCCGGACAACUGUCCGGGUUCGACGACAAUGUCUUGUCAUCUUGGGUGUAGCUGUCAGUAGCUACACAAAACUGGACGUAGUCGCGUAACGUAACGGCGAAAACACCGGGCGUCUACAACCGGCCAAAGUCUUUGUUAUACUUUGCAAAAAUUAUUAAUAACCUACCACACUUAUUUGUGAUCUCAUCGUUGUGCGUUUAAAAUAGUGUACAGGUUUAUUAUUCUUUAUCAGUAACCCGAAUGUCCCGAAUUUCAGACUGAGAGGUUUGAUUUGAUUAUGUCCUAUCAUACUGCAUAUUUUAUUUCUUUGCCUCUAUCUAUAUAAGCCCCUCGCUUGGUCUUUAGAUGUAAAGGCGCACCGAGUGGACAUGAUGGCCAUACAAGAACAGUCUGCCAUCAGGGGUCCAUUUCUCGAGACUAAUAUUAUUAGUGCGUCGCCAUGGUAACCCAUACGAUUUGACCGUUCGUGGACUAAUAAUAUUAGACUAAUACCAUUUGAGAAAUGGGCCCCAGAUUUUUAUUCAUACGUAUUAUUAGUAAUGAGUUUUUAAAAUUUGAUUAAGGAUUAAAUAAUUUAUUUUAUUUCGACAUUGUGUGUUAGUUUAUUAGUUAUGUAGUUGCGUUUCCGCGCGCAGUAUUUCAUGUGAUGUAACUUAAAGAGUUUAGUACUUACUUAUACCUUUCUUCUAAUACUGUUUAUUGUCAAUACCUCGAAGUGUAGGCGUACUUAAUAAUUUAGUAAUUAACGAAUUUACUCUUACUACUCGCGGACAAGCGAACAAUGAAAGACAAAGCUGUGAGAAUUUUGGUCAUAAUGUAAAAAGUAAGUUCAUUUUUAUCUUAAGCAAAAACAAUGUAACUUUUCAAAAAUACGCUCCUUUGUGUAAUGUUUUAUCUGUAGAGUGAAUCAAAGAGAUUAUUACCGGCUAAUGUAAAAUACUUAGCUGUUAUUUAGACUUUAAAACAAUCUGUCACAGAACAGUGCUGAUUUCUUCCAAUCAGCUCAAUAUCAUCUUUUCGCAUUGCUUACUUUUUUUUUUCUUUUUUUUUUUAACUGAUCGGCGAUUGGCCCUAGUCACACCUGGGGUCGUAGCACGGUACGCUUAUCACCAUGCCUGUCACGUUCUAACAAGUAUGUGAGUGCGAAAGUGACGGCCUUAGUGAUAGGGGAACCAUGCUGCGCGGGCUGAUGGAAAGUGAAGACAGGGCCUAAGAUGGAGCUCACCGGUUCAGUAACAGCCACUUGUAACCAUAUCCUUUUAUUAACCUACAAGUCAGUUAAGUAUAUCCCGCGUCGUAUGUUUUUGACAGAUAUUAUGUGUAGUGGGUUGUUAAAAGGUCAUUCGUGCUGAAAAUGUAUCUGCUACUGGCGUGGUGCUCAAGAGGAAAUGGAGUCGGCACUAACAAUCUUAAUACUAUUUUUACACGAAACCAAAGAUAGAUAUAACUCCGUAAUAGAUGUAUACAGUCUAAGGAAAAAACGUGCCUCGAAAAUCAAGAAAAUUUUAUUCUCGUUCAGAGGGCGCUACAAGCUUUGGCCUACUGUCGUAUAGAUGGCGUUGACGGUUUCGUUUGUUAUUUAACAAUUUUAACGCACAUCAGUGAAAGAAAAUGGGUCGAAAUCAUAAAAAUAAUUAAUGCAAAUAAAAAAAAUCAUGUAUCCAUAUUUAAAUACAUUUUAUCGUAUUUUUAUAAAUCUUCAUUUUAAGGUUUUAAAGUGUGUCGACAGACGGCAGUGAAUUUACUGUGGUUACAAAAUUUACUAUGACAGUACCGCUCUAGUAUAUGUUACUCUAUGCACGAAACUGACGUCCUUUAUUUUACACAUAAAAUGUAAGUACCUAAGCUGUACAUAUGAUAUAUAGCACCAGAUGGCGUGCCUGGAUCUACUUCAUUAGUGAUACUUUCCUAUUAGAUAGUAAUAAUCUUUGUACAGUCGCCAUCAGAUAUAUCGGAGCGGCCGAUGUGCUCAAAAUAUCUGAACACCCCAUCUAACGCUUUGACAAUAGAGGCACCAUAGCAUCUCCGAUAUAUCAUAUGGUGGCGUAUGUACCUAGUGUACCUACCUAUACUUUACUGGCGGCCUUCGUGUAGCAUAUUAGUAUAAUUCUUCAAAAUUUAAUACAUUAUAUUGUAUUACCAACUUCCGACCAACUUCAUUCUAAAAUGAUUUUAUUAUAUCACUAGUUAGAUUGGAAAGGUUUUAAGAUAUAUUAUAUUAAAAUAUAUAUAUAUAUAUAUAUUUUCAGUCGUCUAAAAUCUAUCAAUGUCAACUGAGUAUUAGUCUUAUGUCUUAUACACGCUGUUUCCUGUAACAGGAGCAAUAAAUUAAACUGGAGGCUGUACGCCUCAAACUGACCAAUAUUUGUUCAGCAACUUUUUAAAAUUAUGAAAUUUUUAGAUUAUAGCUUUUUCAUACUAAUUAAAUAUUAUUUUCAAUGUACGCUGCCAUCUGUGUGUUUUAAACAUAACAAAUUUUUCAAUACAUUGCUUCUUAGAAUAAACU